AACACAGCUGAAGUGUUUCCUGACUGAAGUAGGGUGAGAUCAGAGCUCCUGUGAUCAUGUGCUCCAGCCUCAGCAUGAAAACUCUACUUUGGUUCUAUCUCCUUGUGUGCUGUGUAGCUGCACAGAGUUUCACAGAGAAGUCGGUACAUUUGGGACAGAAUGUGACUCUCAAGUGUGAAGUGUCUGAAAGUGAUGUGUACUGGUACUUGAUGAAGCCGUCAGAACCUCCAGUGUUUAUAUUACGCUCUUACUCAAGGAUGAUGCAGACUCCAGAUUACAGUAACAUGACCCUCAGAAAGACUUUCUCACUAAAGCUCAAAGGCACUUUAUAUAUAAACAGGAUCAGUACUAAUGAAUUAGGUGUGUAUUAUUGUUUAGAAACAGCUUUACCUGCCAAGAUGAGCAGAGGAAUCAGACUUUACAUCCAGAACAACUCAACUGAAAUUUCAGAGAAUCUGAAUAAAUGUGACCAGCAAUUCCCGAUUCUCAUCAGAUCAGUAAUUAUGAAUUGUGCUCUGGCUGUUGUAGCUACAGUUUUUACAGUUCUUUACUGCAGAACACUUCCAAAACCUCGAGCACAACCUCCAGUCCCUGCAGCUGCGUCAGGACGUUCCCAAUGUUGUGUACUCAGAGGUGCAGCACAAGGUGAUGAACAGACCCGUCAGGACAAGUGACCACAACACCACAUACGCUCGUAUAAGGCCCUCAAACCCGUGACCUGGAAUGACCCCACACAGCUCUUUUGCGACUUUGUAACUCCCAAAUGAGGCGCAAAUAAGUCGUGUGUUUAUUUAGAUGAAAUGAUGAUUUUUUUAGGGAUUUCUACAUGCUUCUUUGUUCAGUUCAUACAGAGGUGAUUUGAAAGAUUCAUAUUACUGAAGUCCCUAGUGCAAAAAAAAACAAAAAAAAAAAAAAAAUCAUUUAUUACAAAUACAGUAAAUUAACAUCUUCUAUAGUACACUGCAAAUAUACUAACAAUUUUUAUUCGAACAUAUAUCGAAAGUUUAUGGACAUCACGCUUUUACCAAUCUUUGGAAUUAUACUUUAAACAUACUUCAUAAUUACAACUAAAUAACAAUAACGUAAUAUUAGCAUUAUAGUUCACUUUCCAGAAAUAUAUUACAUAUAUUGAAAAUAAUCAUUCUAACAAUAUACAGAAAUCAUACAUUAGAAUAUGAAUUCUAACAUACUGUAAUCUUUUUAUAUUUUCUGUUUAAUUUUAAUGUGCUUAUUAAUAUGUGCUUACAUUUAGUGCACUACUCUCUUUCUCAUGCAUGUUCAAACCCGUUUUUGUGCCAUGGAACUCACUUUUGUGAUGUGUUAUUGCUGAAUCUUUAUGUACGUCAGUUCUGAUAGGUACAUUAAGCUUUGUAGCUUUUAGCAUGUUUUCAGAGUCUCUGCAUAACAUCUAGAAUCAACACACCAGGUUUUAACUAAUACAGUAUACUAAUACAGGAGAUUUUAUAUUGUUAUUUUUGUAACUUGAUGCAAAUUAAAUCUGUUGAACUUAUGAAGAAAA